UUUAGAGUUGUGUAUUAAAUAUUGUGAAAAGAAUAAUAUUGAGGAAUGGCUUGAAUAAAGAAAGUCAUGGGAAAGAAAUCUGAUAAAGGAAAAGAAAAGAAGCUAAAAAGGCAACAGGAUAUUCAAACCUUAAACAAUGCAGUAUUGGCUGUUCUUGAGGCUGAAAAGAUUGAAAAUCCAUUGGAUGCGCUAACUGCUUUUCAUAAAUAUAGACGCAACGGGUUAGAUUUAACAAUAAUAUGCAAAAAGAUAUCAGCAAUGGAAAGUCAUGAAUUUGAUUUUGCUUUUGAAAUUGUAAAAGACAACAUGAUGGCUUUGUACCAACUGAGUAGUUGGGGAUGGAGUGAAAAGAAAAAGCGCGAAGAAAUGCAAGAACAUAAUGCAAGAUAUCUUUUGGUAAAAGACCAUGAAGAAAAUUUUCUUGGAAUGGCACACUUUCGUUUUGAUGUUGAUAAUGAUAUUGAAGUUCUUUAUUGUUAUGAAAUCCAACUGGAUGAUCGAAUUCGUGGCAAAGGAGUGGGAAAGUUUUUAAUGCAAAUUUUAGAGUUAAUAGCAAUAAAAAAUAAAAUGAAAAAGAUUGUGCUAACUGUCUUUAAAGAUAAUUUGAAGGGAAAGCAUUUUUUCGAAAAACUAAAAUACACUAGUGAUGAAACUUCUCCACGAUUUUAUGACCCGCAUCAUCCCGAAAACUAUGAUUAUGAAAUUUACAGCAAACAUUUUGUGCGUAAUUGAAGUUUAAGGAAUAUGCUGCAAUAUGACUUGCAACAAUUGAGAAAUACAUAAAAUCUAACUUAUAAUCUUGAAAUAAAGUAAAGAUCGAAAGUUUGUUUUAUUAACGAAUCCUCGAGAAACACUGGACUCGAAAUCGCUGCAUUUCUGGUUUCUCUCUUAUCGAAAACUUUUGUUAUUAGAAUACAUAAUUAUUGAUUAUUAUUUUUUGUUUGUUUAUUCACCUUGUUUAAAAGUAUAGAAAUAUAA